CUCCUGCAGAAGGUGGCUUCCCAGACGCCUCUGGCAGCAUGGCUGGGGCCGCCGUGCGUGCUGGGUCGUUCGUGCGCCUGGCGGCCCCCUCCGCUUCCUACUGCUCUCGCUUCGGGGCUGAAGUACCCGCGGCAGCGUCGCAAGCCCCCCAGCCGAGCCCACCCUAUGGCAGCAGGAAGCCUCACACACGGCGGGUCCCUGGAGGUACCGCGGCAGAUGAAGAUCCGGCCGCCCGAGCCUUUUCGAGCGUUCCAGCUCCGGGGCCGGACAGUAAGAGCUUUCUCUGGGCGCGCUAUGGCGAGAUGAAGCGGCUGGUGCAAGAUUUGCUCCCACCUGGUGUCUGCAACCUUCUGAACCCUUCAACCAUCUAUGCCAACAAUGAGAUUUCACUGAGUACCAUCGGUGUCUACGGCUUUGAUUAUGACUACACCCUGGCAUUGUACUCACCUGCUCUCCAUUCCCGCAUCUACAACACUGCUAGGGACAUCCUAGUGGAACAGUAUAAGUAUCCAAAGGGCAUCCUGAAAUAUGAAUACCGGCCUAACUUUGCUAUCCGGGGCUUACAUUACGACAUUGCAAAGGGCUUGCUCAUGAAGAUAGAUGCAUUUCACUAUAUUCAACUGGGUACUGUGUAUCGGGGGUUGAAACCCGUUCCAGAUGAUGAAGUGCUGGAGAUGUAUGAUGGUACCCAUCACAUUCCCCUGCACCAGGCUAGUGGCUUCUAUGGAAAGGGCCCGGCCAUUAAGCAAUUCAUGGACAUCUUCUCCCUACCAGAAAUGACACUCCUGGCUGUAGCCAAUGACUUUUUCAUCAGCAAUGAUAUUGAUUAUGACCCCAUCCAUCUCUACAAAGACGUUACGGAUGCCAUCCGAGAUGUUCACAUUAAAGGUUUUAUGUACAAGUGGAUUAUGCAGGAUCUGGAGCAAUACAUCCUUCACGGGGAUGAGACCUACGCUGUGCUGCACCGCCUGGCCAAAAGUGGCAAGAAACUCUUCCUCAUUACCAACAGCCCCUUCAGCUUUGUUGAUAAAGGGAUGCGAUACAUGGUGGGUAAGGAUUGGCGGGACUUCUUUGAUGUUGUCAUAGUGCAGGCAGACAAGCCUCAUUUCUUCAAUGACUGUGUCAAACCUUUCCGGCGACUGGAUAGCAAUGGAGAUCUGCAGUGGGACAAAAUAAAUAAACUGGAGAAAGGACAAGUGUAUAAACAGGGCAACCUCUUUGACUUCCUCCGACUCACAGGCUGGCGUGGAUCUAAAGUGCUCUAUUUUGGGGACCAUCUCUACAGCGACCUGGCGGACUUGAUGCUGCGGCAUGGCUGGCGGACAGGGGCCAUAGUUCCCGAGCUAGAAACCGAGACAAAAAUGGUGAACACAGAGCAGUACUCCCAAGCACUCACUUGGCUACAAGCCUUGACCGGAUUGCUGGAGCGAAUGCAGAUGUUCAAGGAUCCUGAAUCCCAGCAGGUGCUGCAGGACUGGAUGAAGGAGCGCCAGGAACUCAGGGCGCUCACCAAGAACCUCUUCAACCCACAGUUUGGCAGUAUCUUUCGCACGUGCCACAAUCCCACAUACUUCUCUCGCCGCCUGUGCCGCUUCUCAGACGUCUACAUGGCCUCACUCAGCUGUUUGCUCAAUUACGACCUCAAUUACACGUUUUAUCCCCGACGCACCCCACUGCAGCAUGAGGCUCCCCUUUGGAUGGAUCAGCUCUGCACUGGCUGCAUGAAGACUCCCUUCCUGGAAGAGAUGGCGCAUAUCCGCUAGGGACCAGCUGGGGAGAAGUUUGCAGAUGGUCAUGCUUCUACUUUGCUUGAGGGCAGUGGUGGGCUGACUUAAGACUCAUAUGGCCCGUUUCUUUAUAUUAGAACCAACCCCCGCCCCCCGGUCCAUGGAUACAUGUCAGAUUUACAAAGCAAGAGGGCCUGCUAAGCUUUUUCUUUGUUGGUAAGGACUUAACGACUGUUCUUCAGCAUUCAUUUUUGCUUAUGGACUUAAGAAGCACCUUUGUGGCUCACACCAAGAUCUAGCUAGUUUGGUCCAUUGUUCUUUGCAAGAACAUCAGCAGCUGCCAGGUGACCACUGCAAAAGUUAGAAGAAGCCUAUUAACAGGAGCAUUGUCUGCCUUCGUCGCCAGCUGCCCUGGAGAGUUUGGAAUUUCCAUGUGCACAGGGGGAAGGGGCCUUGGGUUGGCCCACGGUCUGUUUGUUUGUUCUCCCUUAGGGUGGGUGCUCCUCCCAGACAGAUAUGCUCAGCGUGUGCCAGGCGGAAGACCUUGGUUUUGUUGAUCCAUGCACGAAGUUUUCAUCCUUUGUAGAGCCAUAUGUAUUCUGUAGUGUUUGAAGUUUACAUUCUUCCCCCAGCCCCACCAACUGUGGGGUCUUUUUUUUUUCCUUUUCUUGCUUGUAAUGGAGAGGAAUACAGGGUGUGGGAAUGGGGGGUCCUGUCUCCCACUGAAAUUGGAGGGACAGGAGGUGCUAUUGUGGGGAGGGUAUUUUUAGCUGAUGACUGGAAUUUUGUAAUAUUAAUAAAAGAGUAGUGUGAGA